UUUGUAAACUCACGUUGCAGUGUAGACGAUCCAUUUUCCACAACAACAGAAAUAUAAGCUUAGAUUGAGACCGUCAACCGUCAGUUUGUUCACAGGCCGCAACAAGAAAGCUACUUCGAGAAGGAUUGUUAUUGUCGCUGCCUGCAUCAGGGCUGUACAGAUGGAUUAAAAUCAAACAAAUCGGACCACCAGAGAAAGAUCCAACAUGGGCAACAAACGGAAAGCCUCCAGUGACACUGACAAAGAUUCAGAUGCCAGCUCAGGAUAUUUCAGUGCUCUGGACCAGACAGACUUUGAAGACAUUGGACCAACUGGUUCUGCAGCACAAAACAUGCCGACAGCUCCUCGGGUGCCUUUCAUUACUGGCUCGCAUCCAGGCAUUUCUCCCAUGAUCGUAAUGAACAACUUUGUCCUCAAGCAGCCGAACUCUGUGGCUCCUGCUUUAAAACCUUGGAGCCUGAACACUUCAUUGGAUGUGGUUCCCCAGUCUCAGCUGCUUUACCUACAGCCUGUUGGCAAAGGUUUACCCACCGGUGACAGUACCAGCCAAAGCUUUGACAAGCCAAAGCAUUCCAGAAAGUAUGCUCCCCUGCAAAGCACCUUUCAAAAAAUUGCCCCACAUCCUGCUCAAGAACCUACAAUUGACCAAGGGCCCAGUGCCAUCAAUAAGAGGUCAAGCCACAGUCCUGUUUUAAGACAUCACCGACACCGUUAUGAGGACAAACCUUUCCACAAUUUUUCUUUGAAGCAGGAUGUCUCUGAGACUUUCAGCGGUUAUGGUGUAGACCCAAGUAUUUCUUCUUUAGAAGAAAUUGGUCACACCGUUGAAGACAUGCAUGUGAAAGACUCUCCGUCUAGGCUUUCAGAUGUUCAGGAGCCCCAUACCACCACUUCCCCGUUCUCUCUUUGUACUGACUCCUUCCUCGCAGCGUUCCCUCAGAAGUGCCCUAAAACUUCAGUCAGUCAGAGCAGUGAUGUGGAAAGUAUCCCAGAAGCCCUCUCUCCAAGUUCCAGCAAACACAAACGCUUCUGCAACACGUAUAAUAUCUUGAAUCGGUCAGGCCUGCUAGGCAUCACAAUGCGCACAAAGGAACUCAUUCGACAAAACAAACGCUCACAGGCCCAACUGCAGAGUCUACAGGCUCAGACUGAUCUGUUUUUGGAGGCCAUAUGUAGUGGAGACCCCAAAAUCUGGACCAGAUUACAGCUCAUCCUCCAGAACUCUGGAAACAGUGAGGAAAUGCCAGUGGACUCUGUAAAAGCUGGUGACGAAGACCUUUCGGAUGUGGGCUGUAUGGUGUAGUAGCCAGUUCAGAUGUACAUAUUUCAAACUGUAUUCUGGCAAUAGGGAAUAACUUGUCUUUGAUCAAAUGUUAUUAUGGAAAAUUUCACAAUUUCAGUUGGAAUCUUUGGAGACUUUAAAGGGAUUUUAUUUUGCUUUUAACACUUCCUUUAGUGCAUGAUUUUGCCGUUUGAGCCUGAAACAAGUAUCAUGCUAGGUUGCAAUACACAAAAUUCACCCUGUAUCUUUUAACGCUGUUUCUGAACUGCCUCAAACACCUCGAUUUUAGGAGUUUUCUUCUUUAAAAGUACUGGAUUAUUCUGGAUUUUAUUAUUCAUGCCCAAAGUUGCCCAAGUGGCUGAGAUGUGUUCACACCAAGCAUUUAUGUGUUUAAAAGAUGUCUAAACAUUAGCCUCUUGGCUAAAACAAGUAGCCCAAGAUGGGCCAGCAUGGUGGCUCGUGAUUAGCUCUGCCACCUCACAGCAAGAAGGUUGCUGGUUCGAUUCCUGGCUGGGCCAGUUGGCGUUUCUUUGUGGAUUUUGCAUGUUCUCCUUGUGUUUGCUUUAAUUGGAUUGGAUGAAUAUAACUGAAUUGGAUAUUCACUUGUAUUCACUGGAUGAAACAUAUGCCGGAAUAGUUGGUGGUUCAUUCUGCUGUGGUGACCCCUGAUAAAUAAGGCACUAAGCUGAAGGAAAAUGAAUGAAUGAAUAAUAGCCCAAAAUAUAAAAAUAACACAAAAAUAGACUAGUCAUCAAAUAAACAGAAUAAAAUUCACAUAUGUAGUCAUACAUUCCUGUGUAUUUGAUAACUAGUCUAUUUUUAGACAUGCACUAUUAGAUUUUAACUGAUCACCCAAAUUUUGCCUUGUUUUAGCCAAGACAUACAUAUGUAAACAUCCAUUAGACAUCUUUAAAACACAGAAAAUGCUUUCUGGCGUGUUUCUCAUACCGAAUAUACAGUACAGUAUUUGACAGACAUGAGGAAGAACUUUUGUAUUUAGAUAGUGUGCCAUCUAUAAUAUCUGUCUGGAGUUACCAUGAUUAAUAAAUUAUAACCAUGUAAAGAAUUAUAUUAAAUAAUCAUUGAGGAAUUUUGAGCAUACACUUAACAAACGUGGACAUGUGAAACUUAUAUCACAUCUUGUUAAAAAGCUUGGCACUACCCCUUUAUAAGUCGAGAAAUGCGGUUAUUUCUUUGUGGGCUAAAUAUACCAAGUUUGCUCUUGUGUAAACCAUUUUAAUAUUACUAUUUGGUGUUGAAAAACUACUGUUUAAUGACUAAUUAGAUGAAACGACUUCAUUUUACAACAAUCUAAUGUUAUUAAGUAAGGUUUGCGGUAGUCGGUUUACUAGUCUUUUCAUCAUUAUUUAACACAUCAGCCCAUUUGGCAUCAGUAGCAUUAGUCAUUAAGAAAAUAAGCUGCUUUCUCAAUGUUCUUGAAUUUGCACAUUGUCAGAGCAUCAUUCGCAGAACUUUCCAGUCCCAUUUGCACUUUUAUGGAUUUGUGCCUAUUUAGCAAACUUGGCCUGGAUAGAUGCAUCUAUCCAACAUCAAUUUUCUUUUUCUCAUUCUCUUUCUGAAAAAACAACAAUUUAGUUGUUGUUUCAUUAAUACAAUUCAAUUACUAUUCGUGAAGGAGGCCUUGGAACACUGGAACUGGAAAGAAAAAAUGAAUUGUGAUCAGAUUAAACCAAAAUGGAUUUUUUUUACCUUCCAUUUGUUUUUUCCAUCUCUGUAUCUAAUGAAUGCCUUUUUAUAAAUGACAUAUUUAGGUUUUUACUUUAAGAGAUUAUACAUAAGUGCAUUUAAAAAAUUUGUUUUUAUAACAAUUCUGUAUAAUAUGUGAAGCUUGGAAUCACCUUUGUGUGUAUUUGGAAAAAAAUGUAAAAAUGUGUUUGUAAUAA